ACUUGUAGCAUGAAUUUUUAAUACUUGUGCAUAUGGAUACCACAGUCCUCUUGCUGCUUCUCACCACUCCACUUCAGCCAUGUUCGCCUCGAACGUUGGCUUCAGAAGACGAACAGUUUCUGAGGGACAAAACCAACUCCUUCUUUCCACUCCUAACAGGCAUGCGGGCUCUUCUGGCUUACAUAGGUAUUCCGUAGACGACCCAUCCUCGACAGAGGUCAAACGUAUUGUUUUACGGAAACACAGCAGUGAGCCCACGAGUUCCCGCGGCCUCGCAGACCGCCUCGCGAUGUGUGAGGAUGAGAGCAUCAGUGGUUUCUGGAGCCUUCGUCUGUCAGGACAGAAGCGAAGCGUUCCAUCCAGUCCACGACAGACCGAAUCUGGUGUUUCCGAAUGGAGAAUGGAGGCCAAGGCGAAAGCUGAAACUCACACAGCCGCAGCCGGUGUUGACAGGGGUCGAUCAAGGUCAAAACCCGGCGGUCCUCGACCUUUGACCGUGACAUCACGACCAACUUCUACCAUGGGUACAUCGCUCAAUAAGGUCUCAUCCCCGCCAGGGACACCUCAAAAGGCCUUACCGCUCACACCGCCUGUCACGACGCGUUCCGUCGAGUACUUACAACUUCGACCACUCGACCUGUCCGAUCUAUCGCAUUGGCAGGCGAACGAUAAAUCGGUUAAUUCCGGUAACUCGUCAGGAGCUGAGCUUUCACGAGAUACAAGUCCAUCCUACCGUCCUCUUCUUCCUCCUGGUCUUCCACCUCCGGACAAGCCCCCACUAAGAUCCGCACUGAAACCAGCUCGAGAAGCCAAAGAAGCCAAGAAAGAACGUGUCAAGGAUAAGGAUGUCGUGAAAGAUAAGGAGAAGAGACGCUUUGCGCAUCUCGAACUGACACUUAGCAAGCUCGUCGGUGGAGGUAUUAGUAACAAGAAAGCCGCCUCAAGCCAAAGCAAGUCUACGGCGAUCACCGUGUGCGACGAGAAGCACAGCAAAGCUCUUGUCCCCGCUUCCUCCCUUUCGGUUAAACGCAUUCCCCUCCCACCAAUACCUAUCCCGCCAAUCCCGGAAUCUCUACCGCCGAUCUACCGCGCUAGGGCACAUGCAGCCCAGAUCUCGCGGCAGAGUCUCAAGUCCAUAAAAUCCGUGAAGUCCACGAAGUCUAGUAAAUCCGCCAAAUCCUCCAAGUCCGGCAAGUCCGGCAAGACACGUCGCCGCAAGUCAUCACGGAAGCGCAAGACAGGACUGGCGCGCAUUGUGGUGGAAGUUGCGAAAGGUGGACAGGUCGCUGCAGUCGAGGCAGAGGCAUUACAGGAAGCGGCGCAGCUAAACAUUGUAUUUCGUAUGUGUGGACAGUUCAAACUUGAGUUGAGGAAUACCUCGCUGCCACGCGAUGAUUUGGCAGAUCUGGCGGAAGAUGUUGACUUGGAGCUAGCACCUUCAGGUUAG